AUGUCGUCGGCCCUCAACGCGAUGAAGAUCCGUCGCAAGAAGAAUGUCAAGAAGGGUAUUCAGUUCUGUGUGAUGGUCUGCGGUGCCAGCGGAACCGGACGCACAACUUUUGUCAACACCCUCUGCGGAAAGCAAGUGCUAGAGGGCAAGGACGCUGAUGAUCCAGAGCACGCCCACGAAGAGGAGGGUGUGCGCAUCAAGCCGGCCACCGUCGAGCUUGAGCUGGAUGAGGAGGGAACCCGCAUCUCCCUGACUAUCGUUGAUACCCCCGGUUUCGGUGACCAGAUUGACAAUGAGGCCAGGCAUAUUGUCGGCUACCUCGAGCGCCAAUAUGAUGAUAUCCUUGCUGAGGAGUCCCGAAUCAAGCGUAACCCCCGCUUCAGAGACAACCGUGUCCACGUACUCCUCUAUUUCAUCACACCUACCGGUCACGGUCUCCGUGAACUCGAUAUUGAACUUAUGAAGCGCCUGUCUCCGCGUGUCAACGUCAUCCCCGUCAUUGGAAAGGCCGACUCACUCACCCCCGCCGAAUUGGCUGAGUCCAAGAAAUUGAUCAUGGAAGAUAUUGAGCACUACCGCAUCCCCGUCUACAACUUCCCCUACGAUGUUGAGGAGGACGAUGAGGACACCGUUGAGGAGAAUGCUGAGCUCCGUGGACUGAUGCCCUUUGCCAUUUGCGCGCUCGCCAGUACCCCAUGGGGCGUGGUCGAGGUUGAGAACCCCCGACACUCCGACUUCCUCGCUAUUCGCAGUGCCCUGCUCCACAGCCAUCUUGCCGAUCUCAAGGAGAUCACCCACGACUUCCUCUACGAGAACUACCGUACCGAGAAGCUCAGCAAGAGCGUGGACGGUGCUACCCCAGGUGGCGACUCCAGCAUGAACCCCGAGGACCUCGCCUCUCAGUCCGUCCGCCUCAAGGAGGAGCAACUCCGCCGCGAGGAGGAGAAGCUGCGCGAGAUCGAACUCAAGGUGCAGCGCGAGAUUGCCGAGAAGCGGCAGGAGCUGCUGGCUCGCGAGAGCCAGCUCAGAGAGAUCGAGGCUCGCAUGGCACGCGAGGCCAGCCAGAGCAAUGUCAGCGAGGCCCCUGGAGGAGAGGCUUAG